UCAACAUCACCUACGGGCACGUUUGGCCUAUUCACAGCAGCGAAGGACAUGGUAUCGGGGACAUCCUAGGUCUUGUCGCGACAUCCAAAUCAUCUGCAAGAAGUUGGGCGGAAAUAUGCCCGGUCAAAAAGCAUACCCGCGGGCGACGGUCAAGAAGAUUGUCAAGGCCCACGCUAACUGCAAUGUUAGCAAAAAUGUCGAUGUCAUGAUCUAUCUCGAUUAUGUUUUGUUCAUGCAAACCCUCAUGAAAGAGGCUACCAUCGAAGCCAAGCAAGGGGGUGAACGGGGCAUCACAGGUCGGAGUGUCAAGAAAGUCACUGCGGACACUCUUGCCAAGUUCAAGGGUUGAGGAAUUUCGACGCUGCACCUGGACAACACACGGGCUGGUUACCCCCACCGUCAAAGGGAUCCCGUUGGAGGUGAAGCAAACGGGAGAAUGGUUUCGACGACCUAUCAGUUUUCAAUAGGGUAUGAGUGCAUACAUGGACUUGUACACGUCCUCAUUCGUGGAUGUGGUGACAACAGUCGGCUCGUACAUGACAAGUUGAAUGGAGUGCGGGGGAAGACAUCUCGACAUCCAUCAUAAUGGUAAAAUC